CUAGCGUUGACCGGUCGAUAGUUCGGCACAUUCUAUUUUGUGUGGCUGUGUGUGUGUUCAUUAAAAUAUUGAAUUAUUUUGUUAAUUAUUGUUAUUCAAAUUCUGACUCAUUUGUAAAUCAAUUAUUUAAUUACCUGAACAAAUUUUUGUUGAAUAAAUCCACAAUUAUCGUCACUUUUUGGUAGGUGUCUGUCUACUGUAUAAUUUUCUAAUUGAUUCUAUGUAUUUUAUUAAACAUCUAAUUAUUUUUUUCACUCUUAGUUGUUUAACAGAUAAAAUAUGGACAGGAUUAUUGAGAUAUCAUCGGUAUUUGUUGAACUAUUUAACAAUUCGGCUAUCAAUCCAGCUUCAAUAAAUGGUUCGAAUAUGUCAUUUCCAGUAAAACUUCAAGAAACUAUGGAAGAUUAUAUUCAGAAAAUUUUGACUGCCUGCUGCAGUCAACCAGCCCCUAGUAUUCCUGGACUUCAAAGUGGAUUUAAUUUUGCUUCAUCAGGCUUACGAGUUAACGAGUUUAAACCCAGUAAGUAUUUAUUGAAUUAUAUUAUCCAUAAUGCAAUGGAUCCCAAUCUUUUAAUAUCCGUGUACCAUUUACAUUUUGAAAUUGUUCACCUACCUCUUAACCUAGAAUGGUAAAAAUUUAAUUUACGACCUAAGCUUGUUUUCAAAAUUUUUUUUCCAAAAUAUGUGUUUUUGCUUGUAUAUUAAGAAUCUAAAAAAAAGUCUGAUAACCUUCGUUUGAAAGUUAUGGGGAAAAAUUUCAUGAAGUUCAGAUUUUCUGUUUUGCAUAUUUCUUUGUUAGAAUUUAACAUUUUCAAUUUUUUUUCCAAAAUGGGUGUUUUUUAAUGCUUCAUCCAUUUGUAAAAUCAAAACACACUUAUCAUACUUAUUUUUAAAGUUAUUGUACAUAAAUCUUGUAAAAUAACAUUUUUAGAAUUAAUUCAAAAUUUCAUCAUAAUUUUUUUAUUAUUAUUGUUUGUAGUUAUUGGUAUUUUGAUAACAAAGUUUUUUCAUUUAAGUCAGAAUAAGUAUAUCUGGCUUAGAUUUAGAGUUGCAAACGUUUAAAUACUCCGUGUUUUGCUGCACUCAUUUGGACAAUUUUAAUCAAAAAUAACCUUUGAUAUUUAUUAUGUAAAACCCACGUUGAAAAGGUAACAAGGUAAAGUAAAAAAGCAUUUUAGAUGAUAGGUGUGUUUUGAUUAUAGCAUUAAAAACAUAUUUUGGAAAAAAAAAAUUGGAAAAUGUUAAAUUCUAACCAAGAAAUACGUGAAACAGAAAACCUGAACUUCAUGAAGUUUUCCUCCACAACUUCCAAACAAAGUUUGUACAACUUUCUUUUAGAUUCUUAAUGUACAGGGAAAAACACAUUUUGAAAAAAAAAUUUAAUAACCGAGCUUGAGACAUAAACUACAUUUAUACCUAAACAACAUUAUCAUAAACAUUUAACGCACAAAAGUAAAAGGAACUCGCAUCAUAUGUUAUUGUAUGUUAUCGGAUGAUAAAUGUGGGUCGGACAUUGACUGUGUUCUUAUGUCGUAGGUGUAGUUAUGUACAUAUAUGGUAUUAUUAUAAUAUAAUCAUCUAUAUUUUGAUUGAGACAAUUGUAUUUAUUAUCGUUUUCAUAUCUAGUAUUCUAGAUUAGUUUUGUUAUUUUUAUAAUAUUUCGUCGUGUUUGGUGUAGAGUGUGAACAUAAUAUGAUAAACUUAAUUUCAAUAUUGACUCUUUCGUGGGAGAAACACAAUGUCAAAAAUCACAUUAAUCAAAAUUUAACUUUAACCACUUGUUUAUAAGUUGAAUACAAUAAUAAACUUUUUUUUUUAAUUUUCUUGUAUAGUAUAUUUUUCCAAUUACUGACGUAUGUGCAGUAUGCACAUUAUAUUUACAUAUAUUGAUCAUACAUGUAUAUAUAGGUGGUUUUAUUUUUACCAGCAUAUUAGUUUAGUAGGCCUCGGAAGGUUUUUUUUUUUUACAAAACUGGUGAUCUGCACAACUAAAAAGAUUGGGAACCACUGGUCUACCGAUACAAAACAUUACAUCUGUUCCAUUCGGGUUUAUUUUUUUUGCAAAAUUUUGUUUCAACAAUAAUAAGAACUAAGUCAUUUUCAGAUGUCAAAAAAAAAACCCGUAAGGGAUGGUGUAGAGUUCCCUUAUUUUUUUUGAAGAAGACAAACCUAUUAGCUAUUGGUUUUAUUUUUAUUUAUUUUUUUCACUUAUCAAAAAAUGUCCUAUGUACGACCUACAUGUUUUCCGAGCACUUUUAGUGGUAUGUGUAUCAUAGGUUAAUAACUAUUGUCCUAUAUUUUUCUCCUUCACCUUUAUCCUUCAACAUAUUAUUUGGGCUAGUUUAUCCUCAUCCUGAACUUUCUCUUGACCUGAUCCUCCACACAGUGGUGCUGAAUAAGUUUAGAAAUGGUCUGGUCAAUAGUUAUAUAGUGGUUUUACCUACUAUUAAUAUUUAUCAUAAUUUAUUACUAUUAAGAAUAGUUAAUUACACAAUUAUUGUGAGCUUUAAUUAUUUCGUUUUUUUUUUUUUUUGACAUUACUACCUAGCACAUAUUUAUCGAUUUUAAUGAACUAUAAAAUUAAAUUCCCAGUUCAUAAAUAGUGAUUUUUAAACUGUUUUUUUCUUAAAAUUAAGAUUACCACUAAUACAAUUAUAUUAAAUAUAUUAUGAUUAUUCCAUUAUACUAUUGUUAUUAAUAGUGCUAAAAUAUUAGUAAAAACUCAAACAAUUUGCAAAAUAUUAUUACUAUUGCUUACUUAAAUAAUAUUUAUACACGGCAGGAAAAUUCUAACCAUUGUUUCAAAAAUACAGUUUGUUUGACUAAACCUGACUCCCUUAGUCAGUGCCACUGCUCCCACAUCAUCCUUGCCUACACUGGCUUUCCUCAUAUUGCAUAUAACCACUCAUUUUUUUAGUCUUCCUUUUCCCCUAUUUUCUCCUACAUUUAUUUUGAUCAAUUUAUAUUAAUUUUGUAAAUUCCUAGAUACCUAUUAAACUUUAUUUUUAUAAAUUUUUUUCAGAUCUUGAUUGGUUCAAUUGCACAAAACCUUUAUUAUUUGGUAAACACUUAAAAGGGAAACUUGUAUUACUAGAUUUCUUUACAUACUGUUGUGUGAAUUGUUUGCAUAUAUUACCUAUUCUUCAUAAACUGCAAAAACAGUUUACAUGUGAAGAUGGGUUAGUUAUUGUAAGUUGUUAAACUAUUAUGCAAUCAUAUGCUAUUCUGUUUUUUUUUUAACUAUUAUAUUUUAACUUAUUAGCUAGUUACAAAUAAUGGUACAAUCAGAAUAUAUAGGUUUUGAAGUUAGUCAAUUUACUUAAUUUAUUAUGUAUAUUAACACAGUAAUGCCAUAUAGAGGCAUAGGUGGUAAUGUAGUAGUUAUACUGUGUUAUACUUCCUUCAAAACACAUUUCAUUAUUUCUGUAUUGAGUAUAUACUUUUUAGAAUACAUAAUGUUAAUAUGAGUAUCAAAUGUAUUUUAUAUAACAACCUUUAAUAAUAGAAUAUUAUAUUCGUCACUUAUAUAUUAUUAUUUUUGUUAAAUUAUUAUGAACUUGUACACAAGUAAUAGUACUUAUUUAACUCAUAAAUGAAAAUUUAUAUAUAUAUUUUUGCAAAAAAAACAAAAAUAAUAAUAAUAAAUAAAAAAAGAUACAUCAUAACAGUGAUUGAACAUUUUAUUUUAACAUUUAAAAUAUAAAACACCAAAACUUCAAAAUAAAUUCUGAUUGUACUGAUUCUUGUUAAAAUACAUAAGUCUACAAAAAAAUUAUUGGUAAAAUAGUUACCAACUUUAAAUUUACUCUGCUGAUUAUGAACUACUUGUUGCUUUAUUUGAUUUUAAAUUUGAAUUGCUGAUUGUACAUCUGUUAAAUUUGUUGUACAUAUACAUAUAAAUAAUUAUGGUAUUUAUCUGGAUAGAUUGGUGUACACAGUGCAAAAUUUCCAAAUGAGCAACAAUCAGUGAAUGUUCAACAGGCAAUAGAAAAAUAUGCAAUUGAUCAUUGUGUUGUGAAUGACACAGACAGCACAAUGUGGAAUGAUUUAGCUGUAUGUUGUUGGCCUACUUUAAUACUUAUUGGUAAAUAUAUUUUAAGAUUCAUUUGUAUAAUUUAGAUAAUCUAAUUUUUUUUUUUAUAUGUAUGAGUAGUUAUUAAAUAAUUUAGUUAGGUUACUGCAUUAUUUAUUUAACAUCAAGUUAUUUAAAUGAUUUAAUAUUUUAAUAUUUUACUCAAAUAUAAUAAUGCCAUUUUUUUAGAAACUUAAUGUAGAACAAAAUGUAGGGCAUAAAGAUAUCUAAAAUGUUGAACAGGAGAGAGAUAUUUAUUUGACAAGACUUUGAAACUGUAUUUUUCAAUUAUGGAUUUAAAAUACGAAAAUUAAAUUUUUAUUUAUUUCUGGUACCUAUUCUUUGGUUGUUACAUACAACAGAGAAAAUACAUUUUUGUUUUCAUAACUAAUUUGUAUGUACUUAAUUUGUAAUUACUUGUUUAUUAUAGACAAUGCUAGUAUUCAAUUUAUUUUUUGAUUGAAUUGUAUAUAGUGCUGAACAACACAUACAAUGUGAUUCAUUUAAGCAAGGAUAGGUAUUAAUUCAUUCAUGAGUUCAUUGGCUAAAAUUUAAGUUAAUUUCAACUUAUUAACUUAACUUACUAAUUUGAUAUUUUAAUUAACUCAACAUUAACCUAACUUCAUGCACUUCUAUGUUAACUUGAAAUCAACUUAUAUUUUUUUUUAUUAUUCCCAAUUCAGUUAAUUUUGAAUUUUUAUAUUACCCAGAAAAAUAUUUUAUUUAUUACCUGUUUUCAGUUUAAAAUAUUAUAAGUUUGUAGAUUUAAGAGUAACUAGAGAAUGUAGAAAAACAUUUAAUGUUAUAAGAAAAAAAAAUAUAUUCACAGAUAAAAACUAAUUUAUCAUAAUAAUAAAGACAUAAAUAGUCAUGAGACCACAAAUUUUAUUCAUAACAUCUACUUGAGUAUUACUUGGGUACUACAUUUCUGUUAAAAUUUAAUAGAUAUUUUGAGUAAAAGUUUAUGAUAACUAAUUGGUAGUUUUUUUAUAUUUAUUUGUUUAGGUUAUUUAUUUUGUACAUUUUUAAAUUAUUAAUGUUGAAUAAUAUAGUAACCACUUUUACAUUCAAAUUUAAAUUAAUUAUUUGAUUGUUAUUAUAUGUUCAAAGCUAAUUUAAAUUUUUUGUUUUCUCCCAAGACAGUUACAUUAUAAAUACAUUUUAAAUUGUGUAAUUUUUUGUUAAUAAAUUCUUUUGAAGAUUAAAGCUCCUAUAUUUUUGUACAUAUAUAGUUUUAUUGAAUACGGAUUUUUUAAUUUUGAUUAAAAAUAAACAUGUUUCAUAAUACCCUGAAUAAAAUAUGACAUCAUAUUUCCACAUAUUUUUAAGGUUAGGUUAUAUUUUACUAAUACCUAUCUAUAUAACCUAUAUUUACUUAUACUUAGUAAAUAUUUGCAUAUUCAUAUAUAACCUAGUAAGUUACAGAAAUAUUGACACUAACCAUUAUUAUAUUAAAAAUAAUUCAAAAUAUUUUUCUGAAUAAAACUGAAAAAUCAUUAAUGGAUAUUGAAGUUUUAUCAUCUGCAUUUAUCAAGUAUGCAAUUAUUUCAUGUUUUCUAUUAUAUAUUUUGACUUUUUUAUUGCAUACAAAUCCCUGCUCUAUUAAUGAUAUCUAUUGUUCAAUAUUAUUCAAUUUUUUCUGUUUAUUAAUUUUGUUAAUUUAGUUUUCUUUUACACUGUUAUAAAUAAAAUGUAUUGAAGCUCUGCAUUUUAUAGCUGCUAGUUUCUUAAAUUUUGAAAAAAGUUGAUAUUUUUCAAGAUAAAGAGUGUUUUCAUUUAAAUAGGUCACAUUGUACUAAUUUAAUUUGUUAAUCAGGGCCCAAUGGUGAGCCUAUGCUUGUGGUUCAGGGUGAAGAUUUUCAUUCAGAAUUAUUGCCAAGAUUUAUUGAAACAUCAUUACAAAUUUUACGUCAAGCAUCUAUGAUUAGUUCUCAUAAAAUACCAGAAAUAGUUUUAGGCAAAACUACAUUAACAUUAGGUAAACAAUUAACUCUUCCCAAGCAAAAUCUUCUUUAUCCGGGUAAAGUGACAGCUUAUAUAAAGAAAUUGAAAAAAAAGAAUAAUGAGAAUAAGGCUGAUCAACAACAAUGCGGGAAAAUGUUAAUUGCAAUUUCUGACAGUGGGCAUCACAGAAUUUUGAUUUGUACAUUGCAAGGUCGUGUAAAGGUAUCUAAAAAGUAUUUUAAUAUAUUUAUAAUAACUUAUUAUAACUAUUUAUAAUAUUAUUAUUGAUCAAAUAUAUUAAUAUUACAUUUUUCUUUUUUUAUGAUUUUACAGCAUGUUAUUGGAGGUGGGGGCCAAGGUCUCUAUCCAUCAACGACAAAAAAAGGUUUCAAGGAUGGAAAUUUUUUUGAAGCUUUAUUUCAUUCACCCCAAGGCAUAUGUUUUCAAAAUUCAAAUACUCUCUAUGUUUGUGAUACUGAAAAUCAUGCUAUCCGUAUGGUAAAUUAAUUUUAGUAUUAUUCAUUUGAUUAUUGUUUGUAUUAUUUCCUUAAUUUAAAAAAAAAAUUCCAUAAAUGUAUAUUAGGCUGUUUUGAUUUUUAACAUUUUUUUUAAAAUUAAGACUGUAAAUUACUCUCUUGUGGUCUCAAACUUCCAAAAGAAAUUUGAGCCUAUACAAUUUUUUUUUGAACUUCAUCAUUGUAUAUUUAGUUUUUCCAUUUAAAUAACAGGAAAAUUAGUAAAAUGGGAACAUAAGAACAUAGUAAAAUUUCACUUGAUUUCAAGUGAAUCUUAUGUCUUUGUUUUUGUUAUCUUUAAGACAAAACUAUGGUAAAUCUUGUAACUUUCAAACUUAAAGAAUAAAUGUGAUUUUAUUUAAAGUAUCAUUACUUUUCUAUGUUAUUUAAAUAGAAAAACUAAAUAUUUGAUGAGCAAAUUCUAAAAAAAUUGUUUGGGUAAGGUUAAAAAAAAGUUAAAAGUUAAAGUAGCCUAAUGUAUAUAAUGUGGUAUUAUAUUAUAUUGGUAAAUAAUGACAUUAGAAAAUUAAGAUAUUUUAUUAGUCAUUAAUGACAACUAUGAAAAUAUUAAUUUUUUGUGAUAAGUAACCAGUUAUUAUUAUACAUUGUGAUUUAUCAUAACACAUAUUUUGUUUUAUAAUUUUACAAUAUGAUUGUAUAUUUAAUAAUUUUUAAAUAAAUUUGUAUACAGAUAGAUUUAAAAGAAAAGUGUGUCAAAACUGUUGCUGGAAAUGGUAAAAAAGGUAGAGAUAAAUAUGGUGGUCAAAUGUGGAGCUCUCAAAUCCUAAAUACUCCUUGGGAUGUUGUGUAUUAUAAACGUAAAGUAUAUCCACAUAAUCAAAAUCAAUAUCACACAUCCCAGCAAUAUGUGCCAUCAGCACCUGUACAAACACCAUCUCCAGUCCGCUGUUUGUUAAUUGCUAUGGCAGGUUUACAUCAAAUAUGGGCUCUUUAUUUAGACAAAACAAGUACUAGUACUUAUUCAUCUGGCAUGAAAUCUAAGUAAGAAUUCUCAACAUAAUGUAUAGUAUAUAAUGUAAUAUAUAGAAUAAACAUAUAAUAUAUAUAUAUAUGUAUGUAUGAAAUUAAUUUAACUUUAUAAAAAAUAUCAAAUAGAAUCAAUCAUUCUAUAAUUUUUUUUAACAAUAAGCAUAAUUGAGGUAGUAUAAAUUAUAAUCACAAUUGUAAUUAUUCCAUUAUCAUGAUUUUAAAAUAGCUCAACUUAUUCGCGAUUGAAAGUGUAAGAGUCCUACUUGGUUGAAUUUAUUAAAACUGUUCUAUCAAGAUGUACAUUUGAUAAUAUUGACUUCUGAGUUUCCUUGUAAUAAUUAUAAAUAUAGCUUUAUUUGUUAUAUUAUGGAUGACCAUAAUUAAUAUUUUAGCUAAAUGUAUAAUAAAAAUACAUAAAUUAAAUACCAACUUGUAUUGAACUUAUAUAAUAUAUAAUAUACAAUAUAGUGUUUAAAACGUACUUACUUCACAAGGUUGCUCUGAUUUUCAAGUGUAGCACCUAUUCUGAUAGGAAAUCGUUGUGGGAAGGUAUUUUUCUAUUUUCUCAAGAGUUUUUAUCAAAUGUGAAAAACCGAGAAAAAACUUAUGAAAAAUAAAAAAAAAAUUGUAUUCAAAAUAUAUUACUAAAAUAUUAAGAUUUUUUCAUGUAAACAAAUUUUCUACAAGCAAUUUUGCUCCAAUGAUAGCACUUUUUAUAAAAGAAAAUUUGACUGGGAAGGUAUUUUAGAGAUGUGAUUUUUUGAUUUUUCAAAGAGUUUUCCUAGAAAAUCUGAAAAACCUGAAAAAAACACAGGAAAACUGGUACAAUAUUAUAACCUACCAUAACAGUGGCUGUACCUGUUCCUGUUAUUCUAUUAUCCAGUUUUGCUCUUAAAUCUAUUUUAAUAAUAUGGUCGUAUUUAACUAUUUUUGAACCUUCGAUUUUAAAAUAACCAAUAUAUUCAAUUAUGUCUGUGAUUUUUAUUACAGAAUUAAAUAUUAUGUACUUUUAUUAUUACAAUUUGUAAACAAAAUAAGUUUUAAUAAGAAAAUUUAAAAAAAAAAUUAUGAAUAAAUGGAUUAUUUUAGCUUAAUAUUAUUCUUAUGCUAUCCUAGUGUCCAUUCUUUAUCAUUAGUGUACAUAAGAAUGUCACCUAUAGUUCCUUUCAAUCGUGAAUAAUUAACCAAGGUUUGGUGUAGAUCUAUAUUUAGUGGAUACUAUAGUUAUAGAUCUUAUAUUAAGUAUUGUAAUACAAGUAUAAGGUCCAUUACUACAGUGAUAUCUCUAUCAUUUUCAAAACAACUCAUGUUUGUUAAUAAAUCUUAUCAUAUUUUGUUAUUUUUUUGAUAUUAAUCAGCUUGUGCCUUUUAGAGGUGAGAAUUUUCAGUCUUUUGAAUGAUUUGAAUCAUAUCAGUUAAGUGAUUUGGUCAUUUUGUGAAUCAAAAAUUACUUAUAUGAUUCAGUGAAUCUGUUUUCCUUUAGAUCUUUUAUCAGCAUGGCUAUAGAUAUAAAUAUGGAUAUAUUUUAGUUGAUAUAGAUUGUAAUCAUUUUUAGGUUAAUUUUAAAUGAGAAUAGAACCUGGUCAUCAUUUGGAAAUAGACUAGGACUGCUAGUAGGAGUAAAUUAAUAUCCAAAUCCCAAAAUGUUUUCAAUUAGUCAAUCAAUGAUACACUUAUGCAAAAAUAACAGUUUCAUUCAAAAUAAUCAAAAGACCUAAAGAUCAAUUUGAUCUAAUACCUCUAGUGGCUUUUAAAAUCUUGCAAAUUUUUUUCUGUACAUUUUCAUAAUGAUUUAUAUAUAUCAGUAAUAGUUUAUUAGUUGAGGAUUUUAUCAGUUGGCUUUUUCACUUUUUAAUGAUUAUACACAUAGAACAAACUGAAUUCUAUAAAGAUUGUUAUUAAAAUGAUGAGGCCUAGGUAAAAGGGAAUAAGUUUAUUUAUAUACAUUUUUUUUUAAAAAUAAUAUGCUUAUAUAUUAUUAUAAUCCACAUUGAUUGACAUUCAAAAAUGAAGCAAAUAAUAUUACAAUUAUGUAUAUAAUUGUAAUAAAUAAUACAAUUUGUUUCAUUUUUUAAUGCUAAUUUAUAUGGAUUAUAAUAAUUUAUAAGAAUGUUGAUGAAAAAAAAAAAAUUGUAUAAAUGGAUUUAUCUUCUUUUACCUAGGCUUCAUCUAAUUUAUUUAAAUUAUUUUGAAUAUUUUUGAUCCUGGAAAUUAAUUUUUCUUUAGUAACUAUCUCUUAUGGAUAAAAGUUUGUACAUUGCAUAUUCCACCAACAAAAUAAAUAUUAAAUUAAUGGGCAGUUAAACAAUACUAUAUUUUUAUAAUGAUAAUAAUAUUUACAAAUAUGAUCUAUGAAAAUUACAGAUGGUUAAUUAAUCUGUUAAAUUAACCGGUUUAUGUAUGGAAAAUACAGUUAUCAAUUUUUGAUACUUGUUUGUCAGAUAAGAUCUUAUUUCCUAGAAAAAAAAACUUAUUCGGUAUUUAAUUUAUUGAAUUACUUUAUUCUGAUAGAUUAAAAACCAAUAAUUAUCAAUUGUUAAUUGUCUAUUUAUUAUAAUUAUAAUAAUAUUCAGUAUAAUCCUAAAUUGUUAAAGAAAACAGUUUGUUAGUUUAUACAGAAUUAAUUCUGGUUUGAAUUUUAGAUUCUGAGCAAAGUGAGGAAUGUAUUAAUAUUUAUAAUUAUUAUUUUAAUGUUUAAUUAAUACUAUUAAAGUUAAAAAAAAUUAAAAAUGUAUUAUUAAUGUAUUAACAAUAGGAAUAAAUUUAUUACCAUUAAUAUUACAACUUAAAAAUAAGUAUUCAAUAUUUAUAGUAAUGUCAGAGAUAACUUGAACAGGAAUAUUAGCACAUAUACCAACAAGGACUCCAUGAUUUCUUGAGCAAAGACUAGUAGAACUAUUCCUAUCGCAUCUAAAAAUGUUGCAAUUACUUAAGUUUAAUUCAGAAUCAGCAAUCCCAUCAUAAAGUUAGGUCUUAGUCAAGAUAAGAAAUAUAUUAUCAAAACAUGUAGUAUUAAAUUUAAAAUUAAUUAAUUUGGACCUAAGCCCUCCACAAAUUUGAUAAAAACCAAAAGAUAAAUUACUAGAGUUAAUAUUACUUUUACUUCUGCCACAGCCGGUUUUUUGCUGAUUCAUUAGGAAUUUUCUUUUUCACGAGUUCAGAUAAAGAUCCCCACCACAGGUGAUUUUUUAGAUGACCUACUCUUAGAGUAUUUGCAUUGAGGAAUUAAGAGCUGCUUUAGAUUCUGAGUGGAGUGAAGAAGCUUAAAGUUUUACAAAGAUAUUUCUUUUUUUUCUUUUAUAUGUUUGCAACUUUUUUACCAGAAGACUUUCUUGGAUUUCUAUGUGUAGCACCUUUUCUGAAAGGAAAUAGGCGUAAAAAGGUACUAUAGAGAGGUCAUUUUGAUUUUCUCAGGAGUUUUUUCAUCAAAUUUAAAAAACCGAAAGAAAAACAGGAAAACAUUAGAAAUGUAGGUAUUAGUUAAAAUAUAUUACUUCUUUCUUUUUUCUGUACACAACUUUUCUAUUAACAAUUUUUCUCCAACUUUUAUUGGUAGCACUGUUUCUAUAAGGAUAUUUAACUAAGAUGGUACUUUAGAGAUUUUUUGAUUUUCCCAAGAUUUUCCAUAGCAAAUGUGAAAAACCGGAAAAAACAUGGGAAAAUAUAGGGAAACUGGGAUAAUUAAAUAUAAUAUAAUAAUAUUAUACAAAUAUUAUUAAAGAAAAUAUAUAGAGCCUAUUUAAUUAUUUUACUAUAAUAUGACAUAUAUAUAUAUAUAUUGUUGCCAAAGCAUUACUAUCAACUGAACACUGGUCAGAAUCUUUUUAUCAUAAGCAAUGGUUUAUCGUUGCUUACUGGUAUACAUUAAAUUAUCUAUAACAGUGGCUACAUCCGUCCUCACUAUCCUAGGAUGUCUUUUUCUUUUUUAACUUCAAUCAACUCAACAGAAAGAUUCUCAACCACUGAGGUAAAAGUCUGCUUUCAAGACUUUUGAUAUUAUUAACAAUUGACUUGAGUUUAUUGGCAGGAGAAAAAUUUCUUUCUUGAAUUUGCAGUAAAGAACUCUAAACAAACAUCAUUUAGAGUAACCUUCUUUUUCUUAAGCUGCAAAACUGAUGAAUCUGCUUUGUUAGCCACGAUAAAAAAAAAAAUGAAGUAGGAAUAGGUAGCACAAAUUACUUAUAAUAAAAGAGUGCAGAAGAACAGAAAAUAGAUAUGAUAGCCAUGAACUUGUUAGUAGACUGAUUAAUUCACUUAUCAAAAAUCAACAUCAACUAGAAAUAAACUUACUGGGCGAUAAUGCAAUACUAUGAAACAGAUAAUGGAAAACUGAAUUCCCUCAGGAUUACAGGAAAUCAUACUGAUAAUUAUAUAUUAGGUUUAUAAAUGAUUAAACUUUACAAGAAAUGUAUGAACACAACAAACUUACUAGCCGCAUGACUAGUACUGUGCUGUAACCUUUGUACUAUGUGGUUUGAAAAAAAGUUGAUUCUUAAGUAACAAUUUUUUUCUAUAAGUUGUCUAAGUUCAAAUUUGAUGAAAAUAUUAAAAAUUACAGCAUUUUAAAACAUUUAUAGCUUUGCUCAGAAUUCUAUUUCGUCACUAAUGAUUUAUCAUAAUGUAUGGAUUUAAAUUAAAUAUCUUUAUUUAUCCUACCUAGUGAUAGAUACAACUGACUAUUAAUUACUACCGAUUAUUAGUUGAUUUUCAUUGAAUACUAUUGAUUAAUUAGUUGACUUAAAAUUUACACAACCAACUAAUAUAAAAAUCUUUGAAAUAAAUCUAUUAAUUAUUCUGUAGUCAACUAAAUUAGUUAUUAGUAAUUAAUUGAGUAAAUUAGUCAACUCUUCUCUAUUGGAUAACUGUAUUAGUUGAAUAUUUUUAACUAAAUGGCUUGUUGUCAAUCUUUGGGGUACUGCAGUGAACAGUGGUAUCAGUUGUGACAGAUGUUUAGGGAUAGUAAUAUAUUUUUUAAACAGCACAUACUUUGCACAAUAGGUGAACAGCUGUUUUUACUGACAGAAUAUUUAUGUUUACUUUUCUAGAUGAUAACAUUUUAAAAAUAUUUAAGCCCUUUUUGAGCUAUUAAUAGACCUUUGAUAUUUUAGAAUUCUUUUAUGCAAUUUUAAUUUGGUAGGAGGUUCAUUAUAAGUUGUACUUAGUGGUAAACAAAAAAAAAAAAAUAGUGUAGUUGUUAGUUGAACAAAUUGUUUCGUUAUUUGACUAAAAUAGUUACAUAGUUACUACUGACUUGGUUGGUAGGAAUUGGUUGUGCUCAUCUCUAAUUCUACCUUUCUAAUUUCCCACAUACAACAGUAAACACGCCCAUCUGCAGAAUUAGCUUUUUUUUUUAAUAUGUGUAAAUAUAGGUAUCAUAUAUAAUAUAAGUAUAUUAUAUAUUUCUAAUAGUAAUACUUUAUCUAUUUUAGAUGGUGUUCAAAGGGCUUAUGUACCAUGAUCGCAGGUACAGGCAAAGAAGAAAAUAGAAAUAAUUCUUAUAAUGGGCAGCGUGCUUCAUUUGCACAGCCUUCUGGAUUAUGUUUAACCAAAUCUCGGGCUGGAUCUGUACACGGUGAUCCAUCAUUAUAUAUAGCUGAUAGUGAAAGUUCAUCAAUUAGACGCUUGUUUUUGGACUCAUUGGGAAAGUAUAGAGUUAUAAAUGUGGCUGGAGGAAGUCCUGAUCCAACUGUUAAGUACUUCAUAAAUUCUAUGCUUUCAUACUCAGUUAGAAUAACAUAUACAUAAAUGUUAUAUUACUUUUUGAUAAUAAGUAUUAAACAUUAUUAAUAAGUCCGAUUUCCAUAUCAAAAUUUAUGUUAACCAAUAACAAUUAUCUUAAUAGGACCUGUUUACUUAUGGUGAUAUUAGUGGAGGUACAGGAGUCAAUUCUCGUUUACAGCAUCCUAUGGAUGUAGCUUGGAAUUAUAAGCGCAAUGUAUUAUACAUAGCUGAUUCAUACAAUCACAAAAUUAAAUAUGUUACUGGUUUGUCUGAUAAUAAACAAUCUUACUAUAAUAACAGUAGUAAUUCAGCUUCUGGUGGUAUUAAUGGACCUGCAAGUGGUAUGGUACAUAAUUUACCAUUACCAGUUAAAGUAUGUGAAUUAUAAUAUAUAUAUACUAUACUAUAACAUUUAUAAUAUAGAUACUUAUAGAGGACUGUUUUAAAAUUAAGAAGAGUAUACAUUUUUAAAUUAAGACAAAUAUACUUAAUUUAAUGUAUCAAGUUUUAUAAAUGAGAAAAUACUUUGAUUUAUAACCACAAUUAUCUACUAAGGGGUUGGAGUUUGAUGCUGUGUGCUAUUGUCCUUUAAAAAUGGUGUGACUAAUAGCGCUAGUAGUAUUUGGGCUACUAGUAAUAGAAGUUUUAACGUGUAAAAUAUGGGUACAAUGUUGUAGUUUGUCUUAAUUGGCUACAAAUAAAUAAGUAGCAUGGUUACCUAACAGUUAUCAUCACAGUAGUCAUCAUUCUACACAUUUUAUUUUAAUUGUUUUCUGUAAAGUGGUAUUUAACAUAUGUGUUGAGUACAAUGUGCAUUAAUGUAAAAAAAAAAGGUGGUUUUCUAAUGUUUAAAUGAAUGUUGUUUUACUAAGCUUAGAAAUUAGAGUUAAAACUAUAAUAACAUAAUAUUAUGCAAUUACCUGUAUUUAUUAUUUUUGUUUGCAUACCAUAAUUGUCUGAAUUAACAAAGAUAAAUAACAUAAAGUGAAAACAAAACAUGUAAGCAUUAAAAUGUUAAAAAAAAAAAACUAUGUGAAUAUGAUAUGUAACCAUUCAUUUUUAAUAACUUUUCCAGACCCACUAUCCAAUUCAUUGCUGGCUUUUUCUUCCAAAACUUCAUAAAUAUUGGAUAUCUUGACUUAAGUCGCUUUUGGGGAUACAUAUCAAUGUCACUGUGUAAUGGGAGGUUAGGUUUGUGUUUCUCUUUUUUUUAUCGAUCUGUAUGCAUUAUUCUACAUAAGUGGAGCUAUAUUUGCAAACACUGGCAAUCAAUGUACUUAGGUGGAUCUCACUGGUUAUGAUUUGCAUGGUCUGGUUGAGUUCUAUAUUCACUUUUUUACAGUGUGCUCUUGAGCCAACCGGGGUGCAAUUGCCUAACAUUAGUAUUAAUUAAUACUAUGAAUACUGUAUGUAAUGUAUUUAUAUUAUGUAUAUAUAGUACAGCUUAUAAUUUUGCUUAUAAGUAAAACUGUAUUAACAGUACUAUGUUAACUAAUAAUAUAAUGCAUUACUUAAAUAGUUGAGAAUAAGUUAAAUGAUGAUUGUACUUAAUAGUAGUAAUAGUCCUAAUGUUAUUCAAAUAAGUAGUGUUUAAUAAAAUGAUUAAUAUUAAAAAAAAAUUAUUUGAACAACUUUUGAUCUUUAUGUUUUUUUUCAUAAAGACAACUGUUUCUAUGAUAUUUGUUGAAACCACAUAUUUUUAUAUGUGAUAAUAAGCCAAGCUCUAACCUUAGUAGAUAAACAUGUUUAUAACAUAUUUUUUCAAUACAUUAACUCCUCCCAAAAACUGUUACUCACUUUUUACAAAUGAUCAAGAGAGCAAAAUUAAGUUAAUUAGUUAGGGAAUUAUUGUUUAGUUUUAAUAAUACUAUAAAAGUAUUUUAAAAAUGUCUGUAGUUAAAUGAACCUAAUGGAUUACAUUUUAUCGAAAAUCUUCAAGAUAGAUCUAGUUUAUUGUUGAUUGCGGACACAAAUAAUCAUGUUGUUUGGGUGUACAAUUUUGACACUUAUGCCAUCAAAAAGGUAUCAUUAAUACAAUUAUUUUUAUUUUAGAAACAGUUUAUCGUUCUAUAUAAUAAUUUAUUUCUUUAUACCUAGUUACAAUUGGAGUUCCCUAAAAUUCUGGAAUCAUCACCAUCUAAUAUUGUUGGAACAACUCAAAUCAGAUUAAAUAGAAAGACAGAUGGACAAAUAAUGGUACGUGGUCGUGUCAUUUUAGGUAGUAGUUCUACAACAGAUGGGUCAAAACCUUUGAACGAACCACUUAAAGAGCAACCACAAUUGCAUUGGAUUCUACAACUUCCAGGUAAGAAUAACAUUAUUUUAUGUAAUUUAUGAUAAAUAAAUUUAUAUUUAAUUUUUGUUCAAAUUAUAAGAAAAUCAAUUUGUUAUUAAACUGGAUUUAAAUAUAUUGCAUUUUUAAAUUAUGACAUAACACAAUAAUAAUUGGUUUAAUUAAAAUUUAUAAUUGAUUAUAACAUAUUUUUAAGCAUACGUAUUUGUUUUUUUUUUUUUUAUAGAUUCUAAAUGGGAAUCAAAAGAAAUCAAAUCUAAUACCAUAAUUCCUGCUUUAGGAGCAGCUGCUGAUUUUAAAUAUUUAAUUCGUAUUCCAAAACAAGUAUUGGAAAACACCGAAACUGCUAAUGAUUUUGAAUCUAAAGAUAAACAACGAAACAAUAAGUAUUGGCAAACUGAAGAUGAUUCUGAUACUUCUGAUAGUGAAUUAGAUGAAGACGAAGAAGUUAUUAUAUUAAGAUGUCAGACUAGUGUUUGUGAAGAUGGUGAUAAAUGUAUACCUUUAGAAUUUGAUUUUAUAGUACGUGUUCAAUUUGAUAAUGAUGAACAUACCCCACAAGCAGCAGAUGUUUUUUUCUCUUAUACACUGCCUUUUGGAGAUAACUCCAUUUCAUCCAAAAAGUCUUCAGAGAUAAGGGAUUCUUCAUUAAUUAAUGUUAAUCCUCCUCCAAUGGAUUCAAUGAUUAAUACUUUAGCCAGUACUAGUAAAGUCUAAAAAAUCAAAAUAAUUGAAUGUUUAUAAAAAUUUGUUUUAAUUAAAUAUUAAUAAAUCAAGGUUAUUUAAAACUUAUUUCGAACAUUUAUUUUAUACAGUUUUUUUUUUAUUUUUCUACACUGCAAUAUGUAAUAUUUUAAUUUAUACUUAAUAUUUAUGUAUAAUUACACUUAUGAACUAUGCUAUAGUAGAUCAAUGGUUAUUGGUUUAUCAUUAAUGUCCUAAAAACCAAAAAUAAUAGUUCCAAUAUUUUAUUUUUUACUUCUGUCUAUCAAUACAUUGAAUUCCCAAUUACCAAUUAGGUUAUCUUAUGUUAAUAUAUUUUUUUUUCAAUUUAAAAAUUACAAAUGAAAAUUAUCAUUAUAAUUUUUAAUUAAAUGUAUUUAAUUAUUCAAUUACAUUUUACAACUUUGGAAACAUUAACCAUAUGAUAUCCAUCUAUUUUCCUAGAUAUCCUUUCAACCCUAGCUAAAUUUCUUGCCAUGAUUUUGACAAUUAAUAAAAACAAAAUUAAAUCGGUACAUUAUGUGUACUUUGUAUGUCAUCAGUCAUCAUAUACUUCUUGUAUAGCACACUAUUUUAUGGACCACUGUAUCAGGAUAUCUGGUUCGGGCUACAGUUGUAGGUGGAAUUAAUGAAAGGUUUUAUAAUUAAUUUAACUAAUUUAAUUACACAUUGAUAAAUCAUUGUUAACCAAUUGUGAUUCUGAGUCAAAUCAGUAUGCAUAAAAUAAUUAUUAUAGUUCUGUUUCGCUUGUUUCCAUGUGUAAAUUGCGAAAUGUUUUAACAGCGAAAAGUAAGAAAUUAUUUUCGUUAGUGGGUAUUCCUUUAUAAUAUAAGUAAUAAUAAUACUAGAUAAUCAAGGUUAUUUUAUUGUAAGGGUAUAUCAAUUUAAUUUUGUACUUUUGCAUCUUGGAUCACGUAAUAAAGAUGAGCACUGUCAAACUUUAUCAUAGUAAAUAAUAAUACCAUUACCAAGUCAUCCGUUGCCAUAUUCAAACGUUUCAAAGUGCGGUUUAUUCAUUCGUAAUGGAGUUUAUUCAAAGUCAAAAAAACAAACAUUUUUUAAAAUAUAAUGGUUAUUUGUAUAGGUUUGACAAAAAAUAUAAAUCUACUAUGUAUUGGAAAUGUAAUGUAAGCCUAUGUGAAUCACACCUUAAUUUAAAAACGAAGAAAUUGUGAAAGGACCUAGUGAACAUAACCAUACCAUAUCGAAUUUAUAAAUCGAAGACAAUUUGUAUAGACAAAAUGAAAAUUUUAACUGUUAUCUCAAGAUAAUCCACAUCAAAUUGUUUCAGAAGCAUAAACAUUGUGUUCGCAAGCAGUUCACAGAGCUCUCCCUCCAGUAAGUUAUAUCAAAUACACUUUGUAUUGAAUACGACAAAUUAAUAGUUUUGUUCUAUCUAACCCAUUAACAAUAACAGAUAUUACAAUACCCAAUAAUUAUUCCCAAACUAUUGAUGGUCAAUUUUAGUAUUUGCUACGAAAGAGAAUUUAGAUUUACUGUCUAAAUCUGAUCAUUGGUUUGCAGAUGGAACUUUCAAAUCAUGUCUUCUAUUAUUUACACAAGUAUACACAAUAUAUGUUAUAAAGCAUAAUUUGAUAAUACCAAGUUUUCGCUUUAAUGCCAGAUAAAACACUAAGUUCGUAUGAAAGGUUAUUUUCGGCAAUAAAAACACAUAAUAUUCAUUUAAAUCCCAAAAUAAUAAUGACUGAUGUUGAAGGGUGACAUAGAGGCUUUAAUAAUUUAUUGAGUUUAUAUCAUCCAACAAUAUGGAAAUUUAUUGAAGGAACAGAGUUUAAACAACAUGAAAAUAAAUCAGUACAUAGUGGGUAUCCAGAAAACGAAAAAGGGAUACAUUUAAAGAAUUAGCCAAUGACUACGAAAAUAAGGACAGACUUGAAUACCUAAGAGGUGUUGCCUAUAAUUUGUCACAUCAAAUUUAAAU